ACUUCGGUUUCUUCUGUGACUGUUUCGAGCAUGUCCACAGUAGAAAUGGAGGUUUUCUCCAAUGCCCAACUCAUCAUCAUGACCUUUCUAAUGUUCCUUGGAGGUGAAGUCUUAACUUCUUUGCUUGCUCUUCAAUUCAUGAAGCUCAAGAGAACCAAAGACCCAAAAAUAGCCAAUACACAAAGCGAUGAUAAUUUGGAUCAAAUUGAGCUUGGAGUCAUUAAUCUCUCGGUUGUUCUUGAAAACGACCAAAAAUCUUUGGAGGGUCAUCAUCAUCAUCAUCAUCAAAAUCAAGAUCAGGAUUUGAUUACAAUAAAUAGUAAAAAUAUCGCUUUUGAAAAUAUCUUAGCUUCUAUUGUUGUUUGCUACCUCUUAUUAGUACAUUUUCUUGGAUCUACUUUGAUCUACACAUAUUUUGAAAUUAUCUCAAAUGCAAAGAAAGUUCUGAGGGAAAAAGGGCUGAAUUUGGCAACAUUUUCUAUAUUCACAACAGUUUCCACCUUUGCUAAUUGUGGGUUCAUCCCAACCAAUGAAAAUAUGAUGAUUUUCAAGAAGAAUUCUGGCCUUUUACUCAUCAUCAUCCCACAAGUCCUCCUAGGAAACACAUUAUAUCCAGCUUGCCUUCGUUGCUUCAUGUGGCUAUUGCACAAGACCACGAAAAGACCGGAGCUGAAAUACAUCCUUAAGAAUCCCAAAGUCCUAGGAUAUGAUCAUCUGUUCACCUCUCUACAUUCCAAGUCUCUGGCCGUUACGGUUGCUGGUUUUGUGGCUGUUCAGUUUUCGGUUUUCGGGGUUUUGGAAUGGAACUCUGAGGCCACUUCUGGAAUGAGUGGAUAUCAAAAAGUGGUUGGGUCGUUGUUUCAAGUUGUAAAUUCAAGGCAUUCCGGUGAAUCCGUGUUCGACCUUUCCUUGAUCAGCCCAGCAAUGAUUGUCAUAUUCGUUAUUAUGAUGUAUUUGCCUCCAUACACUUGCUUUUUACCAACUGAGGAUGCCAAAACCUCAUCAACUGAAGCAGAUGAGGCAGAAACUGCCACCGACCGGAAAAGGAAUAUCAUUUCCUACCUAUUUUUUUCACAACUAACCUACUUAGCCAUUUUUAUUAUUCUCGUCUGCAUUGCUGAGAGAGAAAAACUGAAAGAAGACCCUCUCAAUUUUAGCUUGUUGAAUAUAGUUGUUGAAGUCAUCAGUGCCUACAGAAAUGUUGGCUUCUCAAUGGGCUACAGUUGUAAAAGACAAAUAAAAGCUAAUGAAAGUUGCAAAGAUGCGUCAUACGGAUUCGCUGGAAAAUGGAGCAACAAAGGCAAAUUAAUUCUCAUCGUUGUGAUGUUCUUUGGAAGGCUUAAAAAGUUCAACCUGGAAAGCCAUAAAGUUUGGAGAAUGCAAUAA